AUGGCGACAUCACCAGAUCGAGCAGUUGCGGCUGCCUUCUCCAUGCAGAUCAUCCUCCUAGGCACGAUGAGACGACAGACGCAUAAGCAGAUCGAUAUACUCCCUCCGCCGUCCUCCGCACGACUGCAUGAGUCGCUCGACGAGACACCAUUCGAUCUCCAUGAGUACCUAGCUCAGCCCGAGAAGCAGCGCGGAACAGUUUUGUACCUGGCUUAUGGAUCCAACCUGUCCAAUGAGACCUUCAGAGGCAAGCGUGGCAUCAAGCCGUUGUCGCAGAUCAAUGUCCAGGUACCUUCGCUACGGAUGACCUUUGAUCUACCUGGUCUACCCUACGCCGAACCAUGCUUCGCGAACAGUGGUACCCGCGACCCCGAAAACGACCCACCGAGAACACUUUCGCAAACAGCAAGCAGUAGCGAGAAGUCACCUUUGCUUGGCGUCGGGGAGCAGGCGAGCGGGCAGGGAUACCACAAGGACUCAUGGCACAAGGGCUUGAUCGGCGUGGUAUACGAAUGUACACCCGAGGACUAUGCACACAUCAUCGCAACCGAAGGAGGAGGGGCUUCAUACCACGAUGUUCUGGUCGAAUGCCACCCUUUCGCCUCUGCCGAUCCAGCUACGCCAGUACUGCAAGAUCCCACAACUCCACCUUUCAAAGCACAUACCCUUUUCGCACCUGCCACAUCACCAGGCGAUGUGCCGAAGCAAGGUGGAAGAGUACAACGACCGGAUAUGAGCUAUGCUCAGCCUUCAGCCCGGUACCUCAAGUUGAUCACAGAUGGAGCCGACGAGCUCGGCCUUCCGUAUGAGUAUCGAGAUUAUCUGCACGCCAUACAUCCAUACACCAUCACGUCAGCGAAGCAGCGCAUGGGCUCUUUCAUCUUUCUCGCUAUCUGGGCUCCAAUUAUCAUGUUUAUCUUUACAGCUGGGAAGAUGUUCCAGGACGAAAAGGGACGAUCGCCGCCUUGGUGGGUACAAUUGGUUGGAGCGAUAUUUAGGGCUGUGUGGGGGAGUUAUGAUGGGUUCUUUGAGCCGUUGUUUGGGGAUGGGGAGAGGUCUAUACCGGAUGGUGGCGAUGAUGCGAGAGACGAUACGAAGUCACGGGGAGAGAGAAGGAGGGGUGGGAUGCUUGGUUUGAGCCAAGAGGUAGAUCCGGAGAAGGCGCGAUUGGUGGAUGUACGAUAA